AUGACAUUUAUCGUUGGCGUGGCCUCGGCGGCCUCUCUAUCCGUUGUGUUGAUAUCGCUCGUUUCCGUUGGAGUGAUCGUUCGCGAUCUCAACGAUCUCCAAACCGAUGUCGAGAAGAGCAUGUUCGAAGUGAAGAUGAUGGCUGAUGACACUUGGGAGCGUAUGAUGGGCAUGCCUGUGAUCGGAUCCGCUGCCACUCCAGCGCCACUCGCCACUUUCCAAUCUGUUGUCGGUAUUCGUCGUGGAAAGCGUCAAGCGCCUGAGACUUGCAACUGUGGCCCAUCUUCUCGUGGAUGCCCUGCUGGACCUCCUGGACCACCUGGAGAGCCUGGACCACGUGGAGACGAUGGAUUACCUGGAGAUGAUGGACGGGAUGGAGUUAAGGGUAUUGCUCUUGCGGCUACUCAUGAUAUUCCUGGUGGAUGCAUCACUUGCCCAGAGGGACCACAAGGACCCCAAGGACCCCAAGGACAACCUGGAGCUGCUGGAAGCCCUGGACCCAAAGGACCUAUGGGACCAAAGGGACAAGACUCGCACCCUGGACCACGGGGAGAGCCUGGAGAGCCUGGACAACCUGGACAACCUGGACAAUCUGGACGUCCUGGACAGGCUGGAAGACCUGGAACUGUGGCCACUCCUGGACAACCCGGAAGACCUGGACAAGCUGGACGCCCUGGACCACAAGGACCUAAAGGAAAUGAUGGUGCUCCAGGACAAGAUGGACAAAACGGACCACAAGGACCUGGUGGUGCUGAUGGACAGCCCGGACAAGACGGUAUGCCUGGAGAGCCUGGACAACCUGGAGCUGACGGUAUGCCUGGACCAGAUGCCGCUUACUGUGCCUGCCCACCGCGCAGCGCUGUUUUCUCGCGUCGUCAA